AUGGCUGCCGACGACGAGAUGACGUAUGACGUAACCACUUUAUUAAAGCUUGCUUACCAAGCAUGUAAUGUCAAAGAGAAGACAUGGUACGACAAUCUGCCAAUUCUGCCCGCUGACGUACAAAUAUGCUGCGAAUCAGUCCUUAAGAUUAUUCGCCUCAACCAUUGCGUCAAGCGUUUUAACCCACUUGGCGAUCGGUUAUCCAUGUUCCCCAAAGUGCAGCACCUCGUCCAAUCACAGUUCAGCGAUGACUAUGUGAUAAAAAACGUAUGUGAGAUGGCCGCUUUCCACGGACACCUGGAAUGUCUGAAGCUCGCUCGUGCGAUUGGCGUCCCAUGGUUUUCUCCCACGUAUGCUCAGAAAUCGGCGUGCGAUCGGGCCGCCGAAUCGGGGAACCUUGAGUGCCUGGUCUACGCUCACCAGCACGGGGCUCGGUGGUCGGUAUUCACGUGCAGUUAUGCAGCGAACAAUGGUCAUCUGGACUGUCUAAAAUAUUUGCAUACCAAUGGAUGCCCAUGGGACGAUUUAACAACUACCAACGCCGAAAAAAAUGGACACCUCGACUGUUUAGAUUACGCGUUACAAAAUAAUUGUCCACUAAAAGAAUACGAAGACGAUGAGUAG